CAUAUCAUAUGCAAUGCUAUUUUUCAUGGCCCCCAUUGCUCUUCACUCCUACCACCUAUGAAUAUUACUCCAUCAUUACGCCGCCUCUACUCCUGAUCUCACCACCACACUCCCAUCCCCAUUUCACGAUUUCACCACCACAAUUUCAAGAUUUCACGACCCAUUUUGUUUUCCCCCUUUUGAUCUCAGUCGAUCAUCACUGAUCUCGAAGGAUUAUCAAUUUAUCUUGUAAAAUGCCGGAGAGAGUUCACGAAUUGGAGUUUGACGAAUUCGAUAAGCUUCUUGGUGAGAUACCUCGAGCUACUGUCACCCCAAACACCGAAGAAUUUGGAGUCUUUAAUUCUUCCAAAAGCUCCAAAAAUCUCUACACAAAUCCUGAAAAUGGUACAUUUCUUGAUACUUUGAAUGACAAAAAGUUAAACGUGAGAAGGGUUCAAUUCAUCGAAGGCGAAUGUUUAAACGACCAAUCAUUCGCAUCUGUUUUUCAAGAUUUAAGCAUCAAAGAUAGGCCAAUCAUGCUCUCACCACCACCUCCUUCUUCCACACCCUUCAAUGGCGUUGACUUUAAUGGUCAACAACUCGUAGCAAUUCCCAUGAUCCCAAAUCAACAACAAUUGUUUUUCAAUCCCCAGUCCAAUCUAACAUGGAGAAACCUCGAAAACGAAUAUAAUUAUCAUCCGAUGAACAUACACCAAUUCUGUAAGAAUCUAGAGAGUCAACCUCGGUCAAUGCACCAACCUACACCUUCGUUGAACCGGUUCAUGACCCAUGCUAACCAAAAGGGACCCGAAAAGAUACUCACGAGGUCACGUGGGUUGAACCCACUCGGGUCGCUAAAGUUUGGAAGCUUUGAACGUGAAGAUCCGGUUUCAAAUAUCAUGAAAUCUGACGAUUUUGGUGAGAGAAUAUAUUGCAUGGCGAAAGAUCAACAAGGGUGUCGUUCCUUACAGAAGAAAUUCUCCGAGGGGACAAGGGAAGAUCUUGAGAACAUUUUUCGAGAAGUUAUAGUGCAUGUUGUCGAGCUUAUGACUGACCCUUUUGGAAACUAUCUUGUUCAGAAGCUUCUAGAAGUUUGUGACAAGCAUCAACAUAUGCAGAUUCUUAGGGUUAUUACUCGAAAGCCUGGAGAUCUUGUUAGGAUCUCAUGUGAUAUGCAUGGGACUCGAGCUGUUCAGAAGGUCGUUGAAACUCUUAAAACUCGUGAGCAGUGUUCCAUGGUGGUUUCCGCUUUAAAGCCCGGGAUUAUUGGGUUGAUGAAGAACAUGAAUGGCAAUCAUGUUGCUCAACGAUUCUUGCAGUAUUUAAAACCCGAAUUCAACGAGUUUCUUUUUGAAGCUGCGACUAUGAAAUGCAUAGAGCUAGCGACAGAUCGACAUGGGUGUUGUGUGCUUCAGAAGUGCUUAAGUCAUUCAGAUGGUGAACCAAGACGGCGUAUUGUUCGUGAGAUUACUUCGAAUGCUCUAAUCCUUUCACAAGAUCCAUACGGGAACUAUGUUGUACAAUAUGUUUUUGAGCUUCAAGUUCCAUGGGCGACAUCGGCCAUUCUUGAUCAACUUGAGGGUAACUAUGGUGAUUUAGCGAUGCAGAAAUACAGUAGUAAUGUGGUGGAAAAAUGCUUAAAAUAUGCAAGAGAAGAGCGGCGUAUUUGUAUUGUUAAUGAGUUGAUGGGUAAUCCUCGUUUAGAUCAAAUCAUGCAGGAUCCGUAUGGAAACUAUGUUAUCCAGGCAGCUCUUCGUUCUUCAAAGGGAGCUCUACGUGAGGCAUUAAUCGAGGCAAUAAAACCCCAUGUUCCUGCAUUACGUACAAGCCCAUACGGGAAAAAGGUUUUGUCCAGUAAUGGUCUCAAAAAAUAAGCAAUCUAUAUUCAAUGUUUUUUUGCAGGUGAUCAGGAUUUUAUUUCUAGUGAUAUAAAGACGAUGGUUUGUUUUUGGAGGAGUUCGUGUAGUUUAAGGUCUAACCCGUAAUGAAGGUUUUGUCGGAGGAAUCCACGUGGAGGAGGACCCUCUGAGUUUGCAUUUUAAUUUGAUAAGUUUAAGAAUAAUGAUUUUUAAAAGUCGUGUCGGCUGUUAUUGGCUGAGGUGACUUGUAAAGUCUUGUGGUUGUGCUAAAGACUAAGAAGACUAGGUCAGGAGUAAGCCGCUUGUUUGUUUGUUUGUUCGAUUGGAAGUAAUUGUCGAGUUGUUUUUUGUGCAAAGUUAUGGAUAAUUCGGCUUUAGUUGUGUAAGCCGAUGUGCUUGUUAGAGCACAUAUUUGGGGUCUUCUUUUAGUUGUGAUUUUUGUAGAAUAAUGAAGUUAAGAGGUAAUUUAUUGUUGAAUAAUAGUUGAAAUCGUUCAC